UGCAAUGACUACCUGCUGCAGCCCUGACCGCAUCACCUCCAUCUGCCUGCCUUGCACCUCACCACCUAUCCUUGCAUCUACUCUGCUUUCUCUGCUCCUGAGCCCCUGGAAAAACUCUGCUCGCUCCUUAAGACCCAGCUUAAAGACCUGCUCCUCGGCUCCUCCCUGUCUUCCUCAGACAAGCCGGCUAGUUCUUGCCUCUGGGCCCUUGCACCUACUGAUCCCUCUUUCUGGACAGUCUCUCCUCCAGAUCUUCUGGCCGCCGCCUCCUCCCCCUCCUCCUGCUGGUUGCAGCUCCAAGGUCACUUCCCCUGGGGGUCCUCCUUGAACACCGUAUCGAACCACCUCCCCAUCUUCAGCCUCUCUCACAUCUCCCUGCUUUAUUUUUUCAUAGCGCUUUUCACACUCGGAAUUUAUGUUUCCUCCGUUGAUUGGUGUUUCCAGGGCCACUGUGAAUGGUUGUGUGCGCUCUAAGUUGCAGAGGAGGUGAGUGGGGCUGAAGCCCAGCUUGUGAUGGACGCUACACGCUGCUGUUCUAGGGCCGUGUCUGCCUUUUUCUAAUCCAUACAUGGGCACCACAUAGAUGAGCUGGGGCCUCACUGGCCUCCUGCCGGGAUGUGCAAGCCCCCACUGAGGCAGGCAUAGUAUCUGCCCUUUCUGUUGCUGGGUGCCCAGCGCUCAGCACAGUGCCUAGCACAGAGAUGCUUCAAACAUUUCUCAAGCAAGCAAAUUCUACCCAGGUUCCCCUACUCCCACCCUAUUCCCAAGCCCCUCAAUAAGAUAUAUGACUGCAUGUAAUCCAUUUCUGGGUCCCACAGGGGUUGCAUGUAGUUCAACUGGGGGGCGUCCUAAAGGAAGCCAGUCAGGGAACUGGACCCAAAGUCAGCGACAGUGACUGUUCAGGGAAUGGGGUGGGAGGAUCCAGUGGGUUGAGGGGUGGAUGUGUGAGUGCAGGAGUCCUGAAGAUGCUCCCUGGAGCUCAGAGCCCUGUCCGUCCCAGGGGUGCUGUCCCGAGGCCCCUUCCUACCUGGCUCCCUGGAGGUAUGAAUGGGGGGUUGAGGUGGCCCAGGCACUGUGACCACGAUGCCCGGUGCUGCACAGAGACUCCAGCGCAGGAGGGGGCAUCUCAGGGUCCUGCGGAGGCAGGCAGGCUCGGGUGGGGCUGGACCUAAGGAGCCCCCCUUCCCUCUGCUCCCAGUGGUGGCCGCUGCCUCCCCGCCGGCCUUCCCAGCUCUGGCAGGGAAGGAGUUAACCUCCAGGCUUCUCAGCGUGAAUGUGGAGCUAUUAAUACCCACAGCCAAGCGGUCUGCCAGAGCAGCCACUGGAGUCGGAGGGAGCAGGAGGGAGCGAGCUCCAGUCAGAGCCAGAGCCAGAGCCAGGACUCCAAGGGCCAGAACUUUUCUUGGGGGACAGCGUGGGCACUGUGCCAGCCUCACCUGGUCUCCACCCGCCUUCGAGCUUCAGGUCCUGAUCCUCUCGCCUGGAGGCCACCCAUGCCACCCACCCCGGGAGAGAAACACAAACUUUCUUAGCGAAAUCACCUCUGCUGCCGGGCUGGCUGGACAGGGAAGAGCAGACGUCUGGACAGACAGAUGAACAGAUGGACAGGGCAUCUGUGAGCCUGCCCGCCCAGUCCCGACUGACAGGCAAUAGCAGAGCGGGCAGCCAGGGGGCCUAGUGCUCCACGGGGGGCAGCGAGGGGUCCUGCCGGACCUGUGUCUCCCUCCGAGUGCAGGCAGCUACCUGCGCCCCGAGGCCGGCCCUGUGGGUCAGGACAGGAGUCCCCAGCAGACAGAGCCACAGGCUCUUCCACCCACCGAGGCAACGGGUAACCUGAGUGAAAAGGCACAGGUGGCAGGUGGGCAGGCGCGGGGCCCCGAGGCCAACAGGCUGCUGACCCUGGAGCGCUCUGGCUCGGGCCCCCCUGCCCAGGCUGGGGACGAUGCCGACGAGGCCACCACCAGCCACCCCUGCCCCGUCCUGGAGCUGCCUCCAGCCUGGCCUCUGGGCUGUGGAGCCGAAGAUGUGCCAGCCUUCUGCUUCGUGUGCUUCCACAGAGAGGAGGAGGAGGAGCUGCUGGAAGAGGUCUCACUGCAGAGGGAGAAGAUGAGCGUGGGCUGCCCAGAGCCCGAGCCACCCCGCUCCCUGCCCUGCUGUGGGCCAGGGACUGCCCCUGGGCUGGGUGCAGGCGUGCCCCUCCUCACUGAAGACAUGCAGGCACUGACCCUCCGCACACUAGCAGCUAGCGAUGUCACCAAGCACUACGAGCUCGUCCGGGAGCUAGGCAAGGGCACCUAUGGGAAGGUCGACUUGGUGGCCUAUAAGGGCACAGGCACGAAAAUGGCGCUGAAGUUUGUGAACAAGAACAAGACCAAGCUGAAGAACUUCCUGCGGGAGGUGAGCAUCACCAACAGCCUCUCCUCCAGCCCCUUCAUCAUCAAGGUCUUUGACGUGGUUUUUGAGACGGAGGACUGCUAUGUCUUCGCCCAAGAGUAUGCGCCCGCCGGGGACCUGUUUGACAUCAUUCCUCCUCAGGUGGGGCUCCCCGAGGACACGGUGAAGCGCUGUGUGCAGCAGCUGGGCCUGGCGCUGGACUUCAUGCACGGGCGGCAGCUGGUGCACCGCGACAUCAAGCCCGAGAACGUGCUGCUGUUCGACCGCGAGUGCCGCCGCGUGAAGCUGGCCGACUUCGGCAUGACGCGCCGCGUGGGCUGCCGCGUGAAGCGGGUCAGCGGCACCAUCCCGUACACGGCGCCCGAGGUGUGCCAGGCGGGCCGCGCCGACGGCUUCGCGGUGGACACCGGCGUGGACGUGUGGGCCUUCGGCGUGCUCAUCUUCUGCGUGCUCACCGGCAACUUCCCGUGGGAGGCGGCGUCGGGCGCGGACGCCUUCUUCGAGGAGUUCGUGCGCUGGCAGCGGGGCCGCCUGCCGGGGCUGCCGUCGCAGUGGCGCCGCUUCACCGAGCCCGCGCUGCGCAUGUUCCAGCGCCUGCUGGCCCUGGAGCCCGAGCGCCGCGGGCCGGCCAAGGAGGUGUUCCGCUUCCUCAAGCACGAGCUCACGUCCGAGCUGCGGCGCCGGCCCUCGCACCGCGCGCGCAAGCCCGCCGGGGACCGCCCGCCCGCCGGGCCGCUGCGCCUCGAGGCUCCCGGGCCGCUCAAGCGGACGGUGCUGACCGAGAGCGGCAGCGGCUCCCGGCCCGCGGCCCCCGCCGUGGGGCCCGCGCCCGCGCCCGCGCCCGUGCCGGUCCCCGUCCCCGUGCCCGUGCCCGUGCCCGUGCCGGUGCCCGUGCCCGUGCCCGUGCCCGAGGCCGGCCUGGCGCCCCCGGGGCCCCCCGGCAGGACGGACGGCCGCGCGGACAAGAGCAAAGGGCAGGUGGUGCUGGCCACGGCCAUCGAGAUCUGCGUCUGA